UAUAGAAGCUUUAAUUUUCGUGCUUAUCCUAAUUGUAGGUUCAGUUUAUGCAUGGCGAAAGGGGGCAUUGGAAUGGUCUUAGCUCCUGAAUAUUCAGAUAAUAAAAAGAAAAAAGAAGAAAAAAAAUGACAUUGAGACAGUUAUGAAUUCCAUUGAGUUUCCGUUACUUGAUCGGACAACCCAAAAUUCAGUUAUUUCAACUACAUCGAAUGAUCUUUCAAAUUGGUCAAGACUCUCCAGUUUAUGGCCGCUUCUCUAUGGUACCAGUUGUUGCUUUAUUGAAUUUGCUUCAUUAAUAGGCUCACGAUUCGACUUUGAUCGUUAUGGACUGGUACCAAGAUCGAGUCCUAGACAAGCGGAUCUCAUUUUAACAGCCGGCACGGUAACAAUGAAAAUGGCCCCUUCCUUAGUGAGAUUAUAUGAGCAAAUGCCUGAACCAAAAUAUGUCAUUGCUAUGGGAGCCUGUACUAUUACGGGAGGGAUGUUCAGUACCGAUUCUUAUAGUACUGUUCGGGGAGUCGAUAAGCUAAUUCCUGUGGAUGUCUAUUUGCCGGGCUGCCCACCUAAACCAGAAGCAGUUUUUGAUGCUAUAACAAAACUUCGUAAGAAGGUAUCUCGAGAAAUCUAUAAAGAUAGAAUUGGGCCUCAACAGAAGAAUCGAUCACCAGGCGGACCGUUAGCUAGUGUAUAUCAUCUUACGAGAAUACAGUAUGGUGUGGAUCAACCAGAAGAGAUAUGUAUAAAAGUUUUUGCCUCAAGGAGGAAUCCUAGAAUUCCGUCUGUUUUCUGGAUUUGGAAAAGUGCGGAUUUUCAAGAACGGGAAUCUUAUGAUAUGUUGGGAAUCUCUUAUGAUAAUCAUCCACGCCUGAAACGAAUCUUGAUGCCUGAAAGUUGGAUAGGAUGGCCCCUACGUAAGGAUUAUAUUGCCCCCAAUUUCUAUGAAAUACAAGACGCUCAUUGAAUGAUAAAAAACUAAUCUUCACUUCUACGACUCCAUAUAUUAAAGGAAGAUUUUGAAGUUUCUAGAUCAAAUCUAGAUCAAACAUAGUAAGUGUACGUAAUUGGACUCUCAUUCGGGAUGGGCUAAAAAAAAAAAAAAAGAUCUUUAUUUAUAUUCCCCAAUUUGGAAGAUAUUUAUUUCAUUUUAAUUUAGGAUGAGCUAAGCCAAUAAGAUAGGAUGAACCAAAAGAGUUCUGCAUCAUGAACUUUGUAUCGCGCACAUUAUUUAGAGGGCGCUAGAAAGUCACCUAGACGGAAGUGAAGAAAUAGAAUAUGUAAAUACAAAGAAAUGAAGGAUGAUCGGAUUCUAUUUGUACUGUAUCUGAAAUGAAUCUUGUCUAUUCCUAUCCUUCAACUCCUCUAAAGGUUUUUCAACCAACUAACUUAACUUUUCGUUCGGAUAUGUAUGAAGUAUUAACAUUGUAUAGUAUAAAUGAACAAAAAAGAAAGAAGAGGAAACAGAAUCUAAUUCUUUUCUUUACCGAUUAUAUACUCUUUACCCAUCUACUAUACUAUAGACUAUGGGGAGACUAUAGGGAUAUAUCUCUAGAUACCCAGACGGAUAAA